AGGCGCUAUUGUGUUUUGCUAAUUUCAUCGCUGUGCCUCAAAUCUCAAAAGUGAUUCCUUCGUGUCCGAAGACGCCGCUUACAAGACGUCAUAAAACGUGGAUCAAGUCCCUGUAUGUUUGUGCUCUGCAGAGGAUAAUCAGUCAGACCACACAUACUUUUUCGGCAUCUCUACCUUCUCUUUGACCUUUGUUUCUGUUUCCGAAACGAUCUGCAACGAUGCUUACCAUCGCAACUUUGCACGUUGCACUGCAGGUUUUCGGAGCUUUCAGCCCGAGUCAUGCAGCCGCUGUCACGUUGGAACACCGUUCGGCUCGUGACGGUAACUCUGUAGCAGUCCCAGCCAAUUGGGACGUCUACGGGUACCUGUUCAAUGUUACUGUCGGCUCUCCCCCACAGAAUAUCACCAUGCUCAGCGACAUGACAUGGAUGGCUCCUUUUGUCCGAUCGGGACGUUGUCUGGGACAAUUCAACCCCGAGCUCUGCGUUGCUCAAGGCCAAUCGUUCUUUAACGAACAUAACUCGACGACGUUCGCAAAUACUACCUUUGCACAAGCAACAUGGCCUGUCACUGCAUUCGCGCCAAACUUUACCGUUGACUAUGGAAGAGACAAGUUUUGCAUUGGAGAGAUCUGCAACAAAGACACUCUAAUGCAGGUUUCCGACUUCCCCUACCCAGGCAGCGUUGUCCCUGUCAUUCCCUUUGGAGGAAUCUUUGGCCUAGCCCCCACACCAGAGGCCAUCACUGCGACGUCCGAGCCCGUCAACUUUCAAGCCUGGAAGAACGGCAAGAUGGGACCUCUGGUUGGUUGGCAUACAUGCGAGGUACUCAAGUCAGCAGCAACCUGCCAGGGGGGCGAUGCGCAGCUAGUGUUUGGCGGUACGGAUACUACAAUGUACAGCGCCAAAAAGCUCCAAUCGUACGAGAUACAGAAUCCCGAAUGGCUCAGUGAUGCCUUUUACCCAUCAACACCACCCCGCAGCAACUAUUGGAGUACGUCCUUGACAGGAAUGUGGAUCAGGACUGAUAAGUUGUCCAAGAACUAUGCUGUCCCAUUCAAGGCCGUCAAGACUGCUAAGCGUACACCCCCACUCGCUGUCGUGGACGAAGGAUCUGAGGGACUAGGAGCACCCCUGUCUCUGAACGGGUACAAGUACCUGGUCAGACACAUCAAAAGUGCCAAACUUGCAUCCAAGGCAAUCGUCCAGAACAUUCAGCAGCAGGGAUCAUCGGGAUAUAACACGGCAGACCAAGAUUGGUACACCGUUGCUUGUGACGGUUUACACGAAUAUCCCGAUCUGGUAUAUCAACUCGAUGGCCGGAAGAAGUACACGAUUUCUGCAGGUGAUUAUGUAACCAAGCUGACAGACAUGCCUGGGUCUGUCUGCUAUCUCAAUAUCAAUGUUUGGAAAUACGGGCGCACGGAGAAUGGAGACGCAAGGGUUGUUCUUCUGGGUAGGGCAUUCCUCAAGAGGAAGUAUCUUGUUCUCAACUUCGAAGAUCGCUCGUUCGGCCUUGCACCUCUGCGUACGGGAUGAAAUUCUUCAAGAUCAUGUUUUAUCUAGGGCCUUGAUUAUUAUCGUUGUAUACUUUGCCUGACUAGAUAUUCUUUUUAUUUUGAUUUAUUUAUAUUUAUCUCUUAACAUUCUAAGUAAUGUUUCUCCGUACUGCAUUUGCAUUUGCUUAAACGCUUAGUCUACUGGAAUGCAGCACAAGAAAGCUUUUUGUAUGCGCCUCAAAGCUGGAGAUAAUCUUACUGUAAUAUGCCAAAUUAACAUCACUUGGCCC